UGUCCUCCACAUGGGUAGGCCCGGAGGAUGUGGAUCCCUUUACCCUUAUUCUCUCCUGACACCUGAGCAACCCAGGGUCUUUCCACAGGGUCUGUUCCCCUGCCUGAUGGCUCCACUGGUCUCAUUUUGGAGAGGUAAUUGGACCAUGGCUUGGACCCUGCUUCUGCUGCUGCCAGCGACAUGUCUACCACCUGGGAAUUCAGCUGGAUCCAAGAGAGUAAAUGAUUUUGGAGUCAAGCAAACAGCACACCUCUCUGGUGUCCAAGGCAGCUCCAUUGAGAUCCCCUUCUCCUUCUACUAUUCCUGGAAAUCACCAAAGGAUCUGCAGAUGACGAUUCUCUGGAGAUGGAAGCAGUUCCAUGGGGAAUUUAUCUACAACUCUUCCUCGGGUUUCAUCCAUGAGCAUUUCAAGAAUCGGCUCAUCCUGAACUGGACACAGCCUCAGACAUCCGGAGCCCUCAGAAUCCUGGACUUGAAGGAGAAGGACCAGGCAGUGUAUUUCUGCCGAGUUCAUCUGAAAGCAAGAAAACUAAAGGAGGAGUUCUUUCAGUCGAUUCCUGGUACCAACCUCAGCAUCACCCCUACCCCCAGGACCACCUCUCCAAGUCCCAGCACUGUAACUUCUGCACGCACCAAAAAUACCCUCACGUCCACAGAAGGUCAGAUGAGUAGAAAAAAACAGACCCUGGAUCUAGGAACCAGAGUUGGGGUGGCUGUGGCUGCUGCUGUGCUCCUGGCUGGGGUUUUGGGAUUGAUGGUGUUCCUCAGGUGGAAGAGGAGGAAAGGCCAGAGGACUGAAGCCGAAACCUCAGCCAGGGAACUCAUUGAAAACACUGAGAAAUAUGAGCAAGUAGAGCCCAAAGGACAACAUAUGGACCCCAAUGAGAACCCCAAGGACAACAACAUCGUGUAUGCCUCCAUUGCCCUCUCAAGCCCGACCUCCCCAGGAACACCAGCCUGCCUGCCUGUCCAUGAGAACCCCCAGGAAGAGACUGUAUACUCCACCGUAAAGACCAAAUGAGCGGUUCUGGGUGACCAUUUCAGAGUCACCUUUGCUUCUAGUAGGAAGACUCUCAGCUUCCACUGAUACUCACAGUCAGACACUCACAGUUCACAGGUACCCAUGGCCAGGACAGAAAUUCACACAUCAGAGAUUUGAACUAAGAGAGACUGAGAAACUCCUAUUUUUCUGUUCUAACUUCAUAGGCCUUUCUGAUACAAAUAAAAAGAUCCACCAAAUUUGCCU